GAGAUUAUGGACGAGAAUUCCUGAAACCUCUUCUAGUUUUGAAACCAUUCUACUUCCAUUACCACCGCAUUGUACCAAAUUACUUGUUUUCCUUUUGGGAAAAAAAAGGUGUUAUCCUUAUCUGGAGUUUUACUUUUUUUGCCUUGUUGUUAUGAUUCCUGGAUCGACAUCUUGUUUCAGGGUUCCCACAUUCAUAAUUUCAAUUCAUUUCUCAAGUAAAAACAUAAAUCGACAGACUUAUUUGGUUGCAAGCUUGGUCUGAGAUCAAAGUGGGGUUUCUUCAAAUUACUGUAAUUUGGAGAACCCCACUUGGUUUCGCAUCACAAAAGCUUGUAUACGUAACUAUUAAUGGGCAAUUGCAAUAUUAGUUUCCAGCGUGGUGAUGAUGACGGUUCGAUAGAGGAACAACAUGUAAACUUUGCUGGUGGAAAAGUUCAUCUUGUAUCAACAAAAGCUGAUUGGGAAAGACAACUAGCCGAUGCAAACAAGCAAGGAAAAACAGUUUUAGUGAACUUCAGCGUGAGUUGGUGUAAGCCUUGCAGAACUAUUGCUCCACAUUUCUGCGAGUUGUCCAUAAAAUACCCUUCUCUUGUGUUCCUUACAGUUGAUGUUGACGAACUCCCAGAAUUCAGUUCUUCGCUGGAAAUCAAAGCUACACCGACAUUCUUCUUCUUCAAAGAUGGAGAGCAACUGGAUAAACUCGUUGGAGCAAAUAGAUCAGAUCUUGGGAAGAAAAUUACUGAAAUCCUUAACCAAUUAUCUAAGAAUUAAUGAGUUACUACUUGUCAGAGAGAUCCCAUUGUCAUAUUUUUUGUAUCUAGUUAGCUUUAUAUGCAUAUGCCACUAAUUGAUGAAUCCCAUUGUCACACAAACUCAAAACAAACCAGACUUGGAACUGUUUUCGUCUGAUGUACGACCUUCCAUGUGAAUUACAUGUAGCUCUAGCCUAUGAGCUUUUACAUUCAAAGUUAGCAACUACAACAACAUCUAGAUAAGAUAAUAUAAGCUGUGAAGAUUAUUAAAA